GACGGACCAAAUUUUUCUAGAUAGAUUCUAUAAAUGACACAACACGUGAUUAAAUGAAAACAUUUAAUUGAACCAAAUUCAAAGUUCAAUGAACUAUGAUAGCUACUUAGCGAUCAAAGUCUUUGUGAUUUAUUAAAGAUAUUUAAUUUCCGUGUAAUGAUGAUUAAUCCACUUUUUUGAAAUAAGGGAAAGUGGCCGAUGAGCUAAAAAGAAGAAUUUAAGAUGGGCGAGAAAAUUCGCCGUCUCGUUCGGCAAAGGGUUCCGAUUGUCGCCUGGCUGCCUGGCUAUGACCGCACCAAGUUCAUCUGCGACCUGAUUGCAGGAGUCACAGUCGGCCUCACUGUCAUUCCACAAGCCCUAGCCUACUCCACAUUAGCUGGUCUUGAACCCCAGUACGGACUUUAUUCCGCCUUUAUGGGCUGUUUCAUGUACAUAAUUUUUGGCGGAUGCAAAGACAUUACGAUUGGACCGACAGCGCUCAUGUCACUCAUGACCUACGACCAAGUGAAAGGACGAAACAAAGACUUUGCCGUGCUCCUCUGUUUUCUAACUGGCUGUGUUCAGAUGCUUUUUGGCAUUUUAAAUUUAGGCGUGCUUUUGGAUUUUAUAUCCGUGCCAGUCAGCAUUGGCUUUACUUCAGCCACCUCUGUGAUAAUCAUUGUGUCUCAACUAAAGGGACUGCUUGGUCUCAAGUUCACCUCAAGCUCUUUUCUGGACAACGUAGCACAAGUGUUAAGAAACUUACCAAAUUUGAGACUAGGCGACACAUUACUCGGCCUCUUCUGCAUCAUUGCUCUUCUUUUAUUGAGAAAAGCAAAAGAUUUUCCAAUAAAAGAACCUACCAGUGAAAGAGAUCACUUCAGAAGAAUUUUGAAAAGAUCAUUGUGGCUUGUUUCGGUCUCCAGGAAUAUUCUUGUUGUCAUAAUCUGCUCUCUGGUUGCAUUUUGUUACGAAGUAUCAGGAAACAAAUCACCAUUUUUGCUCAUUGGUGCUGUCCAGUCAGGCCUUCCAAGCAUCUCUCUUCCUCCGUUCAGCACAACGCUCAAUAAUCAAACUCUCUCCUUCACCGAGAUGGCCUCGGAACUUGGAUCUUCAAUAAUCUUAGUUCCAGUUAUAGCUAUCCUCGGAAACGUGGCUAUUGCAAAAACAUUUUCAACUGGAGACUCUGUAGAUGCAACGCAGGAAAUGAUUGGCUUAGGAAUGUCCAAUUUGGCUGCUUCUUUAACAUCUGCAUAUCCAGUUGACGGGUCGUUUUCUCGAAGCGCCGUCAACCACGCCAGUGGAGUUCAAACCCCGAUGGGUGGUCUCUAUACAGGCGUGCUUGUACUGCUGGCUUUGAGCUUGCUGACGCCGUAUUUCUAUUUUAUACCAAAAGCGACUUUGGCCGCAGUCAUCAUUUGUGCCGUCAUCUUUAUGAUUGAAUAUGAGGUGGUCACUCCUAUGUGGCGCUCAAGCAAAAAAGAUUUGGUUCCGACAUUUACAACUUUUGCCGUUUGCCUUGCAUGGGGAGUUGAAUACGGUAUUUUGGCUGGAGUUGCCAUUAAUAUCAUCAUGCUACUUUACCCCUCAGCUAGACCUACAGUCCAAGUUAAUAAAACAAUGACAAAGUCUGGUAGAAGUUAUCUUAUGGUCACUCCUGGAAAUAGUUUAUACUUCCCAGCCGUAGAUUUCAUCAGAACGACUGUGGGGAAAGCCGGUAGCCAGGAAGGAACAACUGCAGUGGUGGUUGACUGCAAGUACGUCUUGGGAGCAGAUUUUACUGCUGCAAAAGGGAUUGCUGCUUUAAUAGAGGACUUUAAAAGACGAAAGCAGCCAAUUUAUUUCUACAAUUUGAGACCUGGCGUUAUCGAGGUCUUCAAAGGAGCGAGCUUGGAGGAAUUUAUUCAUUUUUGUGAUGAAGAUGAGCUUGAAAAUUACAUUUCUAGAGAAUACACUUCUAUACAAUCAUCUUCGAAUCAAGGAUUUCGGGACGAAGAAAUGAAGCCACUGAACCAAGGUGAUGAUGAACAAGCAUUUUCUUGUUAAAAACAUCUUAUGUGCCAUUAUCAGAUAUCAGACCAAGCAUUUAUAUUUUUUAAUCCAAAUAUUCAGCCUAUUUAAAUGUUAUAAUGUGCAGUGCAUAUUAUUGUUUUUUAUAUAUAUAAUUUUAUAAGCGGUUUUUUUGAAAGAUUUUUACCAAUUCGUAGAUUUUUCAAGUACUUAACAAUUAAUAUAUUGCUUUUUAA